AUGGAAUGGGUUAAGGGGCCUCAACAAACAUCUUUUGAGACAUUAAAACUUGUUGAAGUAUUGGUCACUGGAUGUACCGAUGGCAUCGGAAAGGAAUACGCUAGAGAGUUAGCAGCCCGAGGCUGCGAUAUUGUACUCGUUAGCCGUUCGAUGGAUAAGUUGAGGGCUACUGCGGAGGAAAUAGAAAAGGAAUUCAACGUGAGCACGAAGAUAAUUCAGGCGAACUUCAGCGAUGGCGAUGCUAUCUAUGACAAAAUAGGAAGGGAAAUUGCGGACCUCGAGAUUGGCACUCUGGUCAACAACGUGGGCGUGUCUUACACUUACCCCGAGUACUUCCUCGAUAUACCCGAUUGGGAGCAAACUACUGGAAACAUUUUGAGGACCAACUGCGUGUCGGCAACACGCAUGACAGCGAUGAUAAUGCCCGGCAUGCUAAGACGUGGGAAGGGCGUUGUCAUAAACCUUGGAUCUGGUUCAUCCAUGAUACCUAGCCCCCUGCUUACUGUUUACGCAGCUUCUAAGGCCUACGUUGAUAAGCUCUCGGAGGGUCUCGAAAUGGAGUAUGGGAAAAGGGGCAUUAUUGUUCAAUGCGUAAUGCCCGGAUUCGUCUGCUCCAAUAUGUCUGGCAUACGCCGUAGCUCUUUCUUCGCGCCAACCGCUAAAGUAUUCGUUAAAUCCGCCAUCAGCUUAGUCGGGACGACGUCAAGGACUACUGGAUAUUUGCCUCACGCUUUGUUCGUGAAUGCAAUAAACUCGAUUCACGCGUUAACUGGACGCUUCGCGGUGUGGCUUGUUACGCGAUCGAUGGAGACCAGCCGAAGAAAGGCGUUGAAGAAGAAAGGGAAAAUAGAAGCC